GCUUGCUCGGUCCCGGCGCUCUUUAAACACACGAACGGACAAACAGCCCCUACCUUGGGUCUAUGGGGGUUCCCGGGCAGAAGAGCAAUGGCUGGGCAAGGGGGGCUACCUAAGUGACGCCGCGCCUAGGACACGGGCGGCCCGUUGGAAUUCCGUUCCUCUGCCCCCGGCCCUACUCUCUAUUCCUAAUAAAGCACAGGAUUCUCUAUGACCAUUCAGGGUGAAACCCCGAGGCCUCCGCACGGAACCCCAGGUUUUCACGGGGGAGGGGGGGGGAUAAAAUGACCCGCAGAGCCCCUCCUAAUCCUUUAAUCCUCCGGCGGAAACACGGGGCAGCUCUUCUUUUUUUCUGCAGCCACCUGUGGGGUUCAGGUGUGCUCCGGGGGGCUAGGGGAGGGGCAAAGUGCUGGCUGCGUCGGAGGACUCCCCGCCGAGGGCAGCUCUAGAGCAGGCCCUCGCCGUUACCCCGCGGCUCCGCUAGGGGUCUCUCGACGUCAGCUCAGCAUCCACGCUGCUCGGGAUUGCCGGAAUCAGGUGACUGUUCUCUCCCAGACCCGGCUGGAGCAGCAGCUCCUGCUCAGUUUUCUGAGCAGCAGUUCGCCAGACAAGGCAGGGAGGCUUGGAGGAAGCGGAGGCGGCGGCUGCUCCCGCGGCAGUGGAGGAAGAGGAGGAGGAGGGAGAGGAAGAGGAAUCGCGCAGCUGCAGCUGCAGUGGCCGCAGGGAACCCCGGAGCAGCCGGUCUCCAUCUCUUACUACAGGGUCGGGAUGCUGCCUCCUUUCGUGCCGUUGGUGCUGCUCUCCUGGACUGUGGGAGCCCUGGAGGUGUCCACUGACGGAAAUGCCGGCCUCUUGGCAGAACCCCAGAUCGCCAUGAUCUGCGGCAAACUCAACAUGCACAUGAACGUGCAGAAUGGGAAGUGGGAGACUGACCCGGCGGGGACAAAAACGUGCAUCAGAGUGAAGGAAGGGAUCCUACAGUACUGCCAGGAGGUUUAUCCGGAACUACAGAUUACCAACGUGGUGGAAGCCAACCAGCCAGUAACAAUUCAGAACUGGUGUAAGAGAGGCCGAAAGCAGUGCAAGAGUCAUCCGUACAUCGUCAUUCCUUAUCGAUGCUUAGUUGGUGAAUUUGUAAGUGAUGCUCUUUUAGUGCCAGACAAAUGUAAAUUCUUACAUCAGGAAAGGAUGGAUAUAUGUGAAACUCAUCUCCACUGGCACACUGUUGCAAAAGAGACUUGCAGUGAAAAGAGCAUGAACCUGCAUAACUAUGGCAUGCUGCUGCCCUGCGGAAUCGACAAGUUCCGCGGCGUGGAGUUCGUCUGCUGCCCCCUAGCCGACGACAAUGACAACGUGGACUCUGCCGACGCCGAAGACGACGACUCCGAAGUCUGGUGGGGAGGGGCAGACGCAGAUUACGCGGACGGAAGUGAUGAUAAAGUAGUAGAAGUUGCUGAAGAAGAGGAAGUUGUUGAUAUAGAAGAUGAAGAUAACAAUGAUGAUGAUGGUGAUGGUGAUGAAGUAGAGGAAGAAGCUGAGGAGCAAUAUGAAGAGGCCACAGAAAGAACUACCAGCAUUGCCAGUACUACCACCACCACCACCACUACAGAAUCAGUAGAAGAAGUUGUUAGAGUGCCCACCACGGCCGCCAGCACGCCCGACGCCGUGGACAAGUACCUGGAGACGCCCGGGGACGAGAACGAGCACGCCCACUUCCAGAAGGCCAAGGAGAGGCUGGAGGCGAAGCACCGAGAGAGGAUGUCCCAGGUCAUGAGGGAAUGGGAAGAGGCAGAACAUCGAGCAAAGGACCUGCCCAAAGCUGAUAAGAAAGCAGUUAUCCAGCAUUUCCAGGAGAAAGUGGAAUCCUUGGAACAGGAGGCUGCGAAUGAGAGGCAACAAUUGGUCGAGACCCACAUGGCCAGGGUUGAGGCUAUGCUUAACGACCGCCGUCGUAUGGCUCUGGAGAACUACAUCACAGCCCUGCAGGCAGUUCCUCCACGGCCACGUCAUGUAUUCAACAUGCUGAAGAAAUAUGUACGUGCUGAACAGAAAGACAGACAACAUACCUUGAAGCAUUUUGAACAUGUUCGUAUGGUGGAUCCAAAGAAAGCUGCCCAGAUCAGAUCUCAGGUCAUGACACACCUGCGUGUGAUUUAUGAAAGGAUGAACCAGUCUCUCUCCCUGCUCUACAACGUGCCAGCCGUCGCCGAGGAGAUUCAGGACGAAGUUGAUGAGCUGCUUCAGAAAGAGCAAAACUACUCUGAUGACGUGUUGGCCAACAUGAUCAGCGAGCCCCGGAUCAGCUACGGAAACGACGCCCUCAUGCCGUCGCUGACAGAAACCAAGACCACUGUGGAACUGCUCCCCGUGGAUGGAGAGUUUAGCCUCGACGACCUGCAGCCGUGGCAUCCUUUUGGUGUUGACUCGGUGCCGGCCAAUACGGAAAACGAAGUUGAGCCUGUUGAUGCCCGCCCUGCUGCUGACCGAGGACUGACAACUCGACCAGGUUCUGGACUGACAAACAUUAAAACCGAGGAGAUAUCAGAAGUAAAGAUGGAUGCAGAGUUCCGACAUGAUUCAGGAUAUGAAGUGCAUCAUCAAAAACUGGUAUUCUUUGCUGAAGAUAUGAAUUCAAACAAGGGUGCGAUCAUUGGACUCAUGGUGGGUGGCAUUGUCAUAGCAACAGUUAUUGUCUUCACCUUGGUGAUGCUGAAGAAGAAACAGUACACAUCUAUCCACCAUGGUGUAGUGGAGAUCGAUGCCGCCAUCACCCCCGAGGAGCGCCACCUUUCCAAGAUGCAACAAAACGGCUAUGAAAAUCCGACCUACAAGUUCUUCGAACAGAUGCAGAAUUAGGCGGCUCUUGUGUUGCACAGCCACGUGAUCGCUUCUCUGCCCGUCAGUGUUCAUUCAUGGACUAUUGAGGAAAGGAAACUCGCUCCCGGUUUAUCAUUUACUCACCCUCAUCUCCGACAGCUGCGCUGUGACCUAAUGAGAUGCCUGAAUAGGAACUGAUGCCAACCCGUCCCGUUCUUUCUUUACACUCCACGAUUAAUGAAUGGCUUUGUGUGCUUCCACGAUUUUAGCUGUACUUCCCUAAUGCAUGAGUAGCUUCUCUACCAAUUAUUUAUUCGUAGCUCUGUAGCCAGCCGCAUAUUAUUCUUGUGCUUUGUGACAAACUAUUAAACCCUAAAGAAUACGCUUUGAGAAUGGGGGGCUUCUUAUUUCUGUGGACGUUAGCUGCUUUGAUUCGCGGGUCCUGAUCACUAUGCAUUGAAAGCAAAACUCUACUUUUUUACCUAUCCCACACGAGUGUCUCUUCUCUCCCGUAGUUGCGUUUCGUUGUACAGAUGGUUGCCUCCCUCCCUUAGUGAUCUAGAAUUCACGAGAAUACCUGUUUCUUUGUGCCUGUUUUAUGUGCACAUUUUAGACGCUGAAGUCCGCGUUCUCCUUUCCUAAGACGUGCCCCCAUAUUGCAUUGGCUCGUAAAAGAAAGACAAACCAUCCUCUCCGGCGAUUUUGAGCACUUUCUUACGGGGUCGGGAUCGGAGGGGAAUCGCCUGAUGUUCUCAAAUGACGAGGAUUUGCCCAAAAAUUUCUGCAAGAUGAUUGUACAGAAUCAUGGCUUAUGAAUCAAUUGCUUUAUACAGUGUUACAUAAAUAAAUUGAAUAAAA